AUGACAGAGUUGCAGCGCCCCCGUGUGGACAUGUGUGGAGCUGCACACACAAACAGCGGUGGGAGACAACAUGGGUCUGAAGCUGAAGAAAGAAGCACGAGACCAAAGCUGAGAAGAUCCAGAUCCAUGAGUAUGCCUCCAGAGUUCUGCGCAGAGAUUCAGGAGUUCAGAGCAGAAGAGCAAGAGUUGGACUUUACCUUCUUCAGCCCCAGAAGUGUUUUGUGUUGUGGAUGCCUCUUCACGACUAAAUUCAGUCCUAAACAAGUGAUCAUUGCAACAAACUGA